CCGGUAACAUUUCUGUUCGGUCUUUCUGUACUUUUGCCCACCCCUACCAAAACCCAAGGCAACAAGAAGAAAUCCUUCGUCCGUUCUUCUACCUAAACUCGCCAGGGUUGCAGCGAACGCAGAUCGAAGAAGGAAAACGUUCCGGCUGAUCGCAUAGCGCCUGCGAGGCGGCGCCCACUCUCUAUCCGCCAGUCCACCGUAUCUCCCCGCCUGCAUCUGCCCGAGUGCUUGUCUGCCCGCCUUCGCGGCUGCGCCACUGCCAGUCGUCGGUCUCAGACUCUCUGGUCUGCCAGCCGUACUUCCGUGGACAGAUUUUUCAAUUAGAAAGACCAAUCCACCAACCAUUAUAGAGAAGUAAAAGAAACAGUAUGAACAACUAAAAGUAAGCCCUACCUGCAAGCGCAAGACUGUGAUAAGCUCCAGCCGCAGUACCUACAAUCUUAACGGUGGUAGAGCCAAACUCAAUUCUGACUGGAAACAUUUGGUCAAACUCUGAUCCGGUGCUGAGAAGAUAUGAAGAGGAGAAAACCAGAAGGAGCAUCACCUUCUCAGCCUCUGGUGGAUGCUGAAAGUGUAGUCCUCAAUUUGAUCAAAAGUAAGAAAACUGUUGGAAUGUGGUUGGCUGACGUGAAGAAAGAAUCAAAGCUUCCACCAACUGUGGUUGACAAAUCCCUGGCUUCACUCGUGAAGAAGAACCUCAUAAAACCGGUCAAGAACAUACAAAACAAAUCUAGAAAGACCUUUAUAGCUGCUGAGUUUGAACCUUCAGCAGAACUCACCGGCGGUGCGUGGUACACUGAUGGCAAUCUCAACAAAGAACUCAUUAGUAUGCUCAAAGGCGCAUGUGAAAGGGUCAUAAAGAAUUUUAAAGUCAUUACGGCUGAAGGUAUAUUUGAUUUUCUGAGCCAGAAGAAAGUACUUAACCAGUGCACGAGCGAACAGAUUGGCGAAAUCCUGAGGUCUCUUGUUUUGGAUAAUGCAAUCAUAGAGGUGAAGAGCACUGGGAUGGGAGAAUAUCAUUCUAUACCACUCGGGGCAGUUUGUUAUCGAACAGCAAGUGGUGCUGCCGGGGUGGACUCCAAGACAGUUAGCGCAAUGACUUUGAUACCUUGUGGGGUUUGUCUGAGGAUUAAUGACUGUACGCCUGAUGGAAUCAUCUCCCCAAGUAAUUGUGUCUACUUCUCCAAAUGGUUGGAUUUUUGAAUUCUAAGCCUUUUCUGCAUUAGUAGUAAGGUUUAUAGUCAUUCAACCAAUGGUAUUUUUAGGCUACUAUGAGAUGCUGCAUUCUCCUUUGUGGGUUUCACCUGGAAGUCAUCUGGGGUUCUUCUACUGCUAUUAAUCUGCAGAUAUCUGUUUUUCGUGUCGGUUUUUAAUCUUUAUAAAAUGGAUUUAUAGCUAUUCUUUGUCCAGUUUUGAGUUGGGAUAAGUUGUCACCAUAAUACUACUUUGGAUAUGUGUUCUAGGGAUGAACCUGGUUCUAGUCCGUUCCAGGCUUCCAGCUCUGGAUCCAAAAGCAGUACAUCAAUUUACCUCGUUCUGGAAUAUGGAUCUUUAGCCUAUUUUCUUUAUUAAAAAGAUACAGUAUGGAGACAAAUGCAGCUCUGGAUCCAAAAGCAGUACAUCUAUUUUUUAAAGUACCAGUAGAAUCAGAAUCAGUUUUCAGAAUUCUCCCCCAGCUUCUAAAAAGUGAUUUUAAGAGUAAAUUAGAGCACCAGAAGUACUUCUGCACUUUCAUCCAAACACUCCAACUUCUGCUUCUGCUCUCUGACGGAGCAGAAGCAGUUUUAAGAAUCAAGUCCAAACACCCCUUUAAACUUUCUGGUCUCAUCUGGUUUGAUAGAUGCAUGUUCUAUUUAUACAUUACAACAUUUGAAGUAUGAUUUGGUAUGCUUAAGUCUAGUUUGUUCUGUUCUGAUUUGAAGUUUGAAACCAGUUCAAUUAAAAACAUCCUUAGUGAUAUUGUUGAAGUACAAAGUUUAGUUUGGCAUUUGGCAAUACCACAAUUGCUCAAUUUUUAGUGGGUACUCGUAGUAGAAAAUUGAGUGAUUGUAAUGAUGUCAUUUUAGCUCAUGUACAACUAUUCCUAAUGGUGACAUAACAAUUAUCAUCAUU